AUGGACCUUCUACUAGGAGUCAAAGUCGGCUGCCUCUUUGCUCUGCUGGUUCUCACCCUGGUCUGUGGACUUAUUCCCAUUUGCUUCAAAUGGUUCCAGAUUCAUAUAGCCACAGGUUGCCACCGGCAGGUCCUCAGCCUCCUGGGCUGUACUUCUGCAGGUGUUUUUCUGGGAGCAGGGUUCAUGCACAUGACAGCUGAAGCUCUGGAAGAAAUUGAAUCAGAGAUCAAGAAGUUUAUAAUACAGGACAGAAAUGAGGGAAAUUCUUCUGAUGUUCCUGAUCCACCUCUGAUGGGAUAUCCCUAUGGAGAGCUCAUCAUUUCCCUGGGCUUCUUCCUGGUCUUCCUUUUGGAGUCGCUGGUAUUGCAAUGCUUCCCUGGGGCUACUCAACGAUCAACAGUGCAAGAGGAGGAAUGGCAUGGGACUCAUGUCUUUGGACUCCACAGCCAUGGACACCUACCUUCAUCAUCACAGGGUCCCCUUCGAGCCCUCAUCCUCUUGCUCUCACUCUCCUUUCACUCGGUGUUUGAAGGUCUAGCUGUGGGACUUCAGCCAACAGUGGCAGCUACCCUGCAGCUGUGUCUUGCUGUCCUGGCUCAUAAGGGGCUGGUAGUGUUUGGUGUAGGACUGCGGCUGGCGCAGAUAGGCACUAGACCACGAUGGGCCAUGUUCUCCAUACUAGCAUUGGCACUCAUGUCCCCGCUGGGCCUCGCUGUAGCCCUGGCUGUGGCUGGAGGAGACUCUGAAGGAGGGCGGGGACUAGCCCAGGCAAUAUUAGAGGGAGUGGCAGCUGGCACUUUCCUAUAUGUCACCUUCCUAGAAAUUCUGCCCCGGGAAUUAGCUGUUCCUGAGGCCCCUCUGGCCAAGUGGGGCUGCGUAGCUGCUGGGUUCGCCUUCAUGGCCAUUAUUGCAUUGUGGGCAUGA